UAUCUACACUUACACUCUAUCAAUCCUCUACUACGGAGACUAUCAGACAAAAUGCCUUCACUCGAUCGCUACAAACCCGGUUUCUGCACAAUGCGCCUCCGCAAUAUAGAAACCCUCUCUUCAUCCUCCAAAACUGCUCUCCUCAAAUCCAUCGCCAACGAUAUCUCCGCUGUCUUCAUCUACAUUUCCAAGCAGUCCGAAGCAGGGAAUCUCAGCACCAAGCACACGGCCCCGAUCGACAAUGUGAUCAGACUCAUCAAGGGCACGGAGGUCUCGCAGCGACGGAUGCUGGAGCGCAGAGUACUGCGGUAUGAGCGACAGGCGAGCCGGUUGAGAGCAGAGAGAAGAUGGAUUCGGGGUGAGUUUAUGAAGGUGGUCAAGCGCGCAGAGGCUGUUUCGGAGAGGUGGAGAGAGAAGGUGGGAAAAUUGAGUGGGGAUUUGGAUGGGACGAGAAGAGAUCUUUCUUUGGCCAGGCGAGAAUAUGAAUUGCUCAAGGAAAAAGCAAAGGCGGAGGUGGAGGUGGAUCGAGGGGAGGGCAAAAAGAAUGGAGAUGAAGCAUGUGAAAGUCAGGCUGAAGUUGCAGCUGAGGAUGAGGAAUGAUGGCGUGACAUUCCUUGGCUUUGAAUUGAGCAACAUUCAUGAUGGAAGAGUCUUUUCUCUUAUCAUCUCCAUUUGAAUGAUAAAAGUUCUUUAUCCAGAAUUUUAUCCAGGGCUCAUCGAAGAUAUCAUC